GGGUCUUUUUAAAAUUAUCUUUCGGGACUCUGGACCCGUUCAGCAACUUGCAAUGACGACUGGUUGACGAUGGGGUCUGGAAUGUAAUUCCUGGGCCAAAAGGGGCGGGUAUCUUCCGCAGGGCUCCUGGGUCCUCUGGGGAUCUCGGGCCCCUUUCGGGCGGGUCUAAGGAGGCGGGGCUACGAAUCGCCUAUCUCCAGAGCCAGUGGUGGCUACCUGGCGCUGGGGCCCUCAAGUGCGGGCUUUUUGCCAUGGGGUCUCUGCUCCUCCUGUCGCUGCUGCUUUUGCUGGUGACCAUGUAUCCAGGAGAUGGAGGUGCGCUGGACCACCAGGCUGAGCAUGUGCAAAACACCAGCAGCAGCCCUCCCGCCCCCUCGGGGACGUCAGCGCCAUUCUGGGUACGCAUUAGUCCGGAGUUGGUGGCGGUACCGCCGGGGGGCUCGGUGUGGCUUAACUGCAGCAACAGCUGCCCCCUGCCGGAAAGUUCCCGCCUCCGCACCCAGCUGCGUCGGGGCAAGACGCUCAGUGGGCCAGGUUGGGUGUCUUACCAGCUACUGGAUGUGAAGGCUUGGAGUUCCAACGUACGCUGCUCCGUCACGUGCGCAGGGAAAACGCGCGAGGCCACUGCCAGGGUCACCGCCUACAAACGGCCUGGCAGCGUUAUCCUGGAGCCUCCGAUCUUAGUUGGCCACAAGUACCUUCUGCGCUGCCACGUGACACACGUGUUCCCAGUGGGCUUCUUGGUGGUGAGUCUGAGACGCAGCGGCCGGAUCAUCUAUUUCGAAAGCCUGGAACGCUUCAGAGAUUUGUAUCUGGCCAAUGUGACGCUGACCCAUGUUUUGCGCGCUGGGCCCCGCGACCUAUGGCAGCCGGUGACCUGCCACGCGCGCCUCAAUCUCGAUGGCUUGGUGGUACGCAGCAGCUCAGCACCCGUUUUACUAACAGCCUUCGUUUGGAACCCCGCAUCCAAAGCCUUGGCCUCCAUCUCCAUUGCAGCCCUCCUGGGGAUUCUUCUUGCCAUGGGGGCUGCCUACCUGCGCAAGUACCUAGCGAUGCAGUCCCAGGCUUAGAAAGGUAUUCUCUGCCGGCUGAGCCCGAGGAAAAAGAAGUCUGGAACAAUUUAGAGAACCAAACUCGGAUCAAUAAAGCCUUCCUCGGUCACUCUCUGUCCCACGGCC